AUGUCAACUUGUCUCUCAGGAGUAUUAUCAAGAUCAGAGCUAUGGACCAUACAGACCCAAGGAACCAUUGAUGUCAACUUGAGUAUUACCGUGGACGAGCGCAACGGUACAGAUCACAAUCAAAGCCCACCUCGUAAGAGACCAAAGACAACUCACUUCGGCAAUGCGGACAAUGUCCACAUGCGCAAUGCGGAGCCACGCACUGGCGAACUUCAGCCAUUUACAUCUGUCGGCAACCACUCAACCAGUGGGCAGCACGAUACGGAGUCGAAGGAGAUUGACUACGCUGGCGCGAUCCGUAAAGAAUGUGCCGGUAUGGAGAUGGAUUCGAAUCAUCGUUUCCUUUACGUUGUUCCGGGAAACGGAGUUGUGGUUUUCUUUCAGGGCAUGAACCAAGCUGCAGCAACUCUCGACAAGGACUACAUGGCCAAGGCAUUUGAAAUGGUAACAUUCCAAUUCGACUCGAGCCGCACAAUGAGGCUGUUCGCAGAGCUUCUCAAAGCACACUUCGAAAACUAUAGUGGUGUUAUGCCCCGGGUCCAUGCGAAAGUUCUUGUAUUCGAGAGUGCUUCUUUUCCCGAAGCACCAUUUCUCAACAGAUGA